AUGAAAGGGAUCAGACGUUUUGGAAAGAAAGGCAAGUUGAGCCCUAGGUUUAUUGGACCUUUUGAAAUUCUGGAAAAGGUUGGACAAGUUGCUUAUCGGUUGGCUUUACCUCCAUCAUUGUCAGCUGUGCAUAAUGUAUUUCAUGUUUCCAUGCUGAGAAAGUAUGUAUCUGAUGCAAUGCACGUUAUGAGUUAUGAGAUGUUGGAGUUGCAACCUGACCUAUCUUAUGAUGAACAACCAGUACAAAUUCUGGAUAGGAAGGAAAAGGUCCUUCGAACUAAAACCAUAUCGUUGGUUAAAGUACUCUAG